AUGGCUUCCCAUAGUCUUCUAGUUCUCACUCUCUACCUCUUAUCCUUGUCUUAUCAAUUUCAUGUCAUAAAAUCCGACGAGGCUUUGAUCCAAAACCUAUGCCACAAAACAGAAGAACCAGUCCUUUGCACGGAUUGCCUUCAUCGUGAUCCGACUAGCAAGACUGCAGAUGGUAGGGGAAUAGCACUGAUAACGGUGUACUGUGCAGAAUACGAUGCACAACUCGUAUAUAAUUUCACAUUCAACCUCUGGCAGAACACUCCCAAAUCAGAUCCAAUGUACGACACCCUUGACACAUGUUCAAUCCAGUUUCUCAUGGCACAUGAUAAUUUUCGAGGUGCCACAGUUGCCAUUCGAGAGGGGAAUAUUAAUUGGCGUAGUAUUGCCAUGGAUCAAUUAACUUCUCAAGUUAGUCCUUUCGUGAACCGCUGCUUGGACCUCUUCAAAAAGAGUCCUAAGCUUCCAUUGCCGAGCCAGAUCUUGGCUGGGACUAUUGCUGUCAACCAAGGCAUUGCAAUUAGCAUGGGUGUUUUGAAGAGUAUUUCUGAUAAAUAA